CUUGAGUCAGUUGAACCCGCGACCAGCCACCGGUGGAAAUGACUUGAACAGCGGAUAGCAGUACAGUUUCCUCCCGCUCGUUCAGCUUUUAUCGGAGUAUAAUAUGCCAGCAGACCCCAAAUACUCUCAUGGAAACUGUUAUUUUACUCCGAGUAAGCCAACUGUUGAGCUCGUGAAGGCACCAUGGCAAACGUUAAAGUUGCCAUCCGCGUCCGACCUCUCAACGCAAGGGAGAGCGCAGAUGGAGGAAGGCUAGCGGUUCAAGUGGAGGACAAGCUUGUGAGGAUCAAAAAUGUAAAGCUGGACGGACGUACCGAUGGUGCUUUGGAUUCGAGGGAGAAGCUUCUGGAGUUUUGUUUUGACUACUGCUACUGGUCGGUGGACCCUGCAGAGCCUCACUAUGCUUCUCAGGAGGAGGUGUUCCAGGACCUGGGUGUGUCGGUGCUGUCCGGAGCCUCUGAGGGCUACAAUGUGUGUCUAUUUGCUUACGGCCAAACAGGCUCUGGCAAGACCUACACCAUGAUGGGGACACCGGACUCGAUUGGCUUGACCCCUCGGAUCUGUCAGGGUCUCUUCAGGUCUGGAGACACUUUUCCCGAUGAGCAGAACUCGAGCAGAGUGGAGAUCAGCUUCCUGGAGAUCUAUAAUGAGCGAGUGCGAGACCUGCUGAGAGGCGGGGAGCAGAAGAAGAGAGCCUCCCUGAGAGUGAGAGAACACCCUGAGAAAGGACCGUAUGUACAAGACCUGUCACAGCACGUUGUCUCCGACUGCAAGCAGGCCAUGGACCUUUUAGAGGAAGGCAUCUCCAACCGGAUGACCGCAGCAACCCACAACCACGACGCCAGCAGCAGAUCCCACGCCAUCUUCACCAUCCAGUACACAAAGGCGAUCCUUGAAAAUAACCUCCCUUCAGAAACUGUCAGCAAGAUUAACCUGGUGGAUUUGGCUGGGAGUGAGAGAGCAGACCCUCACUACUGCAGGGACAGACUCACAGAGGGCUCCAACAUCAACAAGUCGCUGGUCACUUUGGGCAUCGUCAUAUCUGCCCUUGCCCAGAACUCCCAGAUGUCCAGCAGCUGUCAGAGUAUCAACAGCAUGGCCUCUGAGGGCGAUGGCAGCACGGGGGGAAGCCACAGCAGCUCCCUUUCUGGAGGAGGAGGAGGAGGAGGAGGGAGGAGGCACUGCUUCAUCCCCUACAGAGACUCAGUCUUAACCUGGCUGCUGAAAGACAGCCUGGGCGGCAACUCCAAAACCAUCAUGAUCGCAACGGUCUCGCCCUCUGCUAACAGUUACAACGAGACCCUCAGCACCCUGCGCUAUGCCGCACAUGCCAGAAAUAUUGUCAACAAGCCCCGGGUUAAUGAGGAUGCCAACGUUCGGCUGAUCAGGGAGCUGAGGGAGGAGAUUGACAGGCUGAAGAGCAUGCUGCUCAGCUUUGAAAUGCAGCGUAAUCCCAGUCCAUCCCUUAGCGAUGAGAGGGAUGGAAAUCUCUCUGACAUCGUGCUGCAGAACGAACUGAAGGUGGAGCAGCUGACGAAGGACUGGUCGGAGAGCUGGAGAGACAAGAAGGAGCUGCUGGAGCAGUACAGCCUGGACAUCAACCGAGACCGCGCCGGAUUCCUCAUCAACUCCCUCCGACCACACUUGGUGACUCUCGAUGGGGAUGUCCUCAGCACCGGGGUCGUCUUCUAUCACCUCAGGGAAGGAAUUACCCACAUAGGACCUCAGGAACAGUAUAAAGAACCACAAAUAGUUCUGCAGGGCAGUGCCCGCUGUGAGAUUGAAAACCACGGAGGUGUGGUGACACUCAGGCCGCUGCCCGCCUGCGUCUGCCUGCUCAACGACAGAGAGGUCACAGAGCCCUGCAGACUGGCUCAAGGGACGGUGAUCACCUUGGGAGGAGAGCAUAAGUUCCGCUUCAACCACCCGGCAGAGGCAGCCGUCCUCCGAGAGCGCAGACGGGCAAGUGAAGUUGGGAUGAGCUGCACAUACAUCGAUCUAUGUCCCUCGACCCCUGACCAAAGUGCCGAAGAAGUGAAUCCUCAAGGCCAGCAGGGUGCCUGUCUCUCCCCCAGUGAGGAGCCUGCUGCCAGGCAGCGUGUGCAGGAGCAACAGUGCUACGUGGAGAGCUUGCGUCAGGAGAUUCAGGCUGAACAAAGACGGGCUGAGAGAGAGCUGGAGAGGGAGCAGGCCCUCCUCCGACAGCAGCACACUGAGAUCCAGCAGUGGAUUUUACAGGAGAAGCAGCGACUAACAACUGUGGAGCAGAGAGUCACCCAAGAGUCUGGGAUCCAGGCCGAUCUUAUCCCUUCACCCCUCCUGGAGCGAGUGGCAAGUCAGGCGUCUCAGUAUCAGGAAGGGCAGAAAGAAUAUCGCCUUUCCCGUGUGGUAAGGGCAAGGAAGAAGUCUGUGCAGGAGGAGCUGCUGAAACAUCACGCCCUCUGCCGCUCCGAAAGCCGAAUCCGAAGGAAAAAGUUACACUACCAACUGGAGAGAAUCGCACGCAAGCGCCAUAUGUUGGAAGCUAAGAGGGAAUUGCAGCGGCUGGAAAAUUCUCUGCCUCCAGGACCUGAGAGCCCAGAGUCUCCUGAGUUGGGGUCUCCCACAAAGCUCAUGGAAAGACAGUUUGUCUCUCGUAGACACUCAUUCUCAGCAGAUCUUCUGUCCCGGCUUUACCCACAGAACACGCCUAUCUUCAGACACUUCCUCAAGAGAAACAGAUCCACAGAACUGACGUCAAAUCCCUUCACAACCUCUGACUCCAGUAGCCACAAGGAGUGGGUUUCUGAUGAGUGCCUUCCCCGGGAAAGAUCCCAGAGUUGUUCUGGUAAACUCUUCUCAGUACAAAGUCAAGCCUGCCGGAGUAGAGCAGGCUCCUCUGAAAACCUCACGCUCACACCCAAAGUCAAGCCUCAAGCUCAGCGCUGCCGGGAACGACCAGAAAGAAAACCUCUGCUGCCAAACAGAGACCUGACCUUUAAGAACAGAUCGGACCAGAACUCGACGCUUUCUCUUAAGUCUCCACUUGGAACUACAGUGCAGCCCGUCAGCAAAGAAAAUUUACAAGAACCCAAAACACGCAAAAUCAGCUGUCAGACUGUCCCGUGCAUCAAUACUGUAACUCAGCCCCAUGCCGGUAACAGCGGGCUAGACACCAUCAGGAAAACUUUCUCUCACUCUGUGGGGCCCAGGUUAAAAACGGCUCUCUCCAAAGUUUUCAGAAAACCAACAUCAGGUGUGAACGGAGCACCAGGCCAUAAACGUCUGGGGAGGAUAGCGAGCAAAUUUCACUGGAGACAAAGAAGAGACAGAAGCCUUAAAGAUGCGAAGAAGACCCAAAGACAUUGUGCUGUUAAAACAGCUGUCUCAUGCGAGGAACUCGACCAAAAGACUCAGUUUGAAGACGUAAAGAAGAGGCGGUGGCAUAGCACUGAGGCUUUGACGAGCAAAACCAGCAGAUGGGUGGAGACACAGCAGGGACUGAUGCAAUGGGAAGAAGAGCAAGAAGACAGGUAUGAGGUAACGUCAGACUGUGAGAGCAUUUUCUCUCUCGAUUCGCUGUCCUCUGCUUAUGUGACGGCCCUCACAGAGCAGCUGAGACACGAGGAAGCAGCCCAGAGUGAACCAGAGAGUGAAGACAGUCAGAUGUCUAGAGACUCAUUAGCUGUGGAAAGCAGUGGGAAAUACAAAACAGCGGAAACGCGUUGCCAAACAGUGGUGCCAACGUAUUCAUUUGUGACAGAUUCAUCCUUUUCAUCCAUGAGGCUAGAUAAAAUUGCAGGAAUCAGUUUGGAGACAGACAGCCAUCAGAAACCUCAGGCAGAGACAUAUUGGAGCCAGGAAGGCUCUCCAAAAUCAAGACUAGGAGCAACGGGAAAGCCUUCUGCCCUCAGCCCAUUAGUAGCAGAUUCCAGAGGUAGAGACACUGUACACAAAUUGAUUGAGGACUUUGGGAACAUGCAGACCACUUCCACCAUUAGCCCACGCUCCCUGAGCAGCUGCAGUCUGAGGGAGCCAGAAGACAUGCUGGCACUCACUGAUGCCUGGUCCUCCACUGAGGCAGCAGACAGUCCCAUGAUUAAUCAAGAUUCUCUUCCUUUCCAAAGUAAAAUGAUAUUCAGAGGUGAAGAGAGCAGCAGCACCAGUACCAGUCCAACCAGCUUAAACCAGAGCGGAUCAAGAAGCUGUAGCUCAGCAUCCACCAGCACUGAGGGUGUUAAUGUAACCGUGCAGAAACAUGGUCUUCACGUUGCUAAUGGCACAUCAGAAACAUUGGAUUUCCAAGAGUCUUGGAUACUAACAAAUCCAAAUGAAGCACUAGGAGGUUGUAAGGCGCUAUCAGAGGAAGGAAUGGCAAAAAUAGCAAAGUCAGUCAUAGAUACUGUAGGCUAUAGCUGCAUCAAAAGUCCAGCCACCUUAUUACCCUUAAACCAAACCACUUGUGUGUCCCUCUCUGAGAUCCAGUACACCAAAGAACAAGCAUCACAAGUAAAUAAGGUAUUUACAGAUGGCCCUGAGAGGGUGGCCGCUAAUUCUUCAAUGUCCUCCGACCCUGAAUCAGGUGGUCCUACUAACCAAGCAGAUAUAUUGAGCAAUAUGUCUAAUGCUGCACCUGCCUUCAAACCAUCCAUGGAGGAUAAGGUACUAUGCAGUUUAGAUGCAGAAAAGCUAAAAAAUGUUCAGCAAUAUGAGUUUGGGAACACCAAAUACGUGUCUUUUACGACAGACACAAUGUUGGACCAGGCUGGAACCAAAGUCACCGAGCAGCACAUUUCACUACAGCAGGAACUUGUUAAAUCUGCUUGUAAAAAUUCCAGGAAGAGGAACAAAGACCAACAGGAGGCUUUCAUCGGCAGCCUGAAAAUUCCAAAACGGAGUGACGGCGGAGAGCUGGUCACUUUCUGCUCCGCUCCAGUUGGCAGCCCGGAUGAUUUUUGGCCUGCUGACAAUGAUAACACUAGCGACUCCAAAGAGGAACAAUCUGCCGCGGAAGCUGACAGCCCCGGAUUUGAUUCUGUUUGUACUGAUGGCAGCUUAAUACCAGACACAAUGGCUUCAGAAGCACCGCCAGUUUGUACACCCAUGAGUGGGAAACUUGGACGGAUCUUUGACGACUCUGAACGUCGUGACAAGAGUCCACAGAGAGGUAGCUCAGCAGGGGAGAGGGAAGUAGUUGAAAAGAAAGAUGUAACAAUAAAGGGAGUAGAUGCAAAAACCAAAGGUGGGGAAUCACAAAUUGAUGACCCCAGGAAACAUCAAGAAAGUACAAAACACAUAUGCAAGUCAGAGGCUAUUUGUAGCGCCAUUGACCUGAGAAUCUCAGAAGUGGUCAAAGAGCACAGGAGAUUGUCAUUGAUGGGCAGCGAUGAUGGCGGGAAGAGUAGGGGUCAAAACAUAAAGGCCUUCACUGCUUGUCAUGUUGGCUGUAAUACUGAAGAUAAAUGGAUAACAAUAGAGGGUAGAAACGAGGUGAGUGAUGAGGUGAAAGGAGCAGCAAUCCUUAACGAAUGCCUUUCCCUUGAGAGGAUGGUUAGUGAAAACACGAUGGACAAAAUUGGACAGCUUGCAUCAGACCUGCCAGCUGAAUUGAGGAUGAGCCAUGAGAGCAACAGGCUCAAAUCUACUGAAGGAACACAGAAAAUCGACCAUGCUCAUAAUUCAUCUGAGAUGACAUCAAACAGGCCAGCCAGGGAUCCUUAUGUUUUCCAAAAGUCCUCUUCAAAUGACAACAUGCAAUCAAGUCUGGCAAUGAACGGCCAUGGAGGGUCUGAGCACUCUUUCAACCCUGCCUUGCAGCCAAUUCAUUCCUCCUCAAUGAGUAAUUCCUCUAUUAACUCUCAAGGAAACACUGUGGAAAAAGAUGCGUUGUGUCAAGAAAUUAAGGAUUCCGGUCAACAAAAUGUACCAUCCCAACUUAAUCCUCUCAUCAGUGUUUCAUGCUUGAAUAAAGAGGACACUCGGAGCUGUUAUUCUGUAAAUGAGGUCGGUAUGGGAGCCUUUUCCACUGUUGAAGACAAACACAGUUGUUUGCACAAACAGAACUCGCCAAGAACAGUUCAACAACACUUGCAAGACUCAUCUGGAGCCAAGAUUUUAUGUAAUGGUGAAGUCUUCAAGUCAAACCUGAUGGACACUGCUGCAGCCAGAACGCAUCCACUGAUGAUCCUUUCUGUGUGA